UGUAACUAUCUUAACUCAUUAUCAUACGCUAAAGUUAUUGUCAUUUAUGCCAAAUUGAUCGAUUUUCAAUUAUGAACCAAAUUAUCAACGUUUUGACAAGACAAAUUUGUAAAAGAUUAGUCAGUAUAAAGCGCAUGCAGUUGUUUGUUCCAUACAAUUAACUCAGAGGUAACAACAUAUGUGGGGCUAUACAUUUUAACGCUUAUAAACAGGCAAUAAACGUGAAUCAACUAAACUAUUGAGGGAUCCAUUUUUCCAUUCCUUUUAUUCGUGGGUUUCAGUGCUGUUGUGCUUGUACAGAAAUGCGUAGCCUAUGGAUGAUGAUAUACCCACUAUCGCCUUGAUUCGGCCUAAUCUGGCCCUGCCCAUCUUUUCCUGGAAAACCCACCUCCAUCUACUGAACCCACAGACCUACACACGUAAUAUUGUCUUAUGGAGCAAAUGUACAAUUUGGAGAUGACUACAGACAUACGGCACGCAAUUUGUCAACAAAUAGAAAAUAUCUCAGGGACAGCAACAACCACCACGAUUUCAGCACCAUGCGUAGGGACAAAUCUCGGAACAUAUGGAGGUCGUAUUUCGCUCGUGUUCGUAUAGCCGGUGGUAUAUUUUUAUGUACACUGUCGAUGGCUUGAUACCAUUCUCAUGUCUCUCUUACAAAAUGUAUGUCAGCUCGGAAUUCUCUUCUGUGUACAUUAACCACAAUAAUGAUAACCAAAACACAAGGGUGAAUAUGAUGUUGUUUAUUACACACUGAAUCUCACAAUAUGUACUGUUACCAUGGCUGGAAGAUUCUAGGCUACGGAAAUGCAGACUUAUUAGGAAGAAAUCCCUUUUAAGUUACGUAAACGUCGUCGCACAUGCAGCACAUUUUCCCGUCUCAAUUGUUCAAAUUUUGCAAAACACACCGCGGUGUGACGCACGAGAAUCCUUACCUGAUAAAUUACCGCCGCUACCGCCCCACCCUCCCGCCUGCAUCCUUACAGGGCGGGCUUUGAGCUCAUUGACGUCAAAUCCGGCCGGAAUUUGGUUGAAGCCGACUUAAGUGUGACGUUGACGUCCAAUUUCCACCUAGGUAACGAAUCACGCCGAGCCCGGCCCGGCCCGGCGAAGCUAACGCCUUCCGCCUGAGCCGGAUAAACAACAUGGCGGACUCUCUAGCGCGGACGGAACAAUUUUACCCUGCUGUGUACAUACAGUCAGCAGCAGCAGUGUGUCCCGGUCAGGUCCAUUCUAGCAACAUAAGAGCUUUACAUACAUAGUUUUCUAGUGAGCAAAGAACCCAGCCUUUCGCAGAUAAUUCUAGCAGCUACUACUGUGCAUUUUUCUACAACCGUCCUUUCGGUCUAGUGGCACGUUGAAGGGUACAUACUAAAUGCAUCACUGCAAGAAUUAUUAAAUUAUGGUAAACAUUUCGCUUCGACUCGUUCUUCCAAAUGACGUCAACCGCGAUCUCUGUGAUGCCGAUUUCUUCCUUAUUUGGUCAUUUCCGUUCUCCGCGUUUUUCCUAAUAUGGCAAGGCACUUUGCCUAUUGACGUCAUCACGCGGGGCGGUUGCCCAUUUCGGGACGUUUCGCGCGUCUAUUGAUUCACAAAUCAGACGUUUUACGCCAGCAGCCCCGUAUUACGUCGAUGGGGCACAAGGUAGACGCGUCGUAAAUGAAAGCCUUAGGUAACGCGAGCGCGUGACAACGUGCGCCGACUGCCAAGGAAGUUGUUUAUCGGCGUUUGCAUUGUUAAACCUACCUAUGACGUUGCCUGCGCAACUCUUCUGAUGGGACGGCUUUUUCACGCCAGCGGGGCCCCUCAUGACCUCAUCUCGUAGCCCAAAAGCGCGGCGUCUCCUCUCCCCACCGCAUUUAUACCCUGGCAGCCGGCUCGGUCGUACCUCCCAUGCUUGUACCACCGCACAAGGCACCACGUUCCCACCUAUCCCAUCCCAAACCUGGCCUACAUCUCUAUAGAAACCCCAACAACACACUGUGUGGUGGUGGGCUCCCUUCCGUUAAAACCCUGGAACCGUUAGCCAUGGUGCACACUCCGGCCGCCACCGUUCCCAUUCCUCCUACCAGCGAGGACUCGCACGAGGCCAUGCAGGCCUCAGGCCGCUCCAUCCACGAGGAACACGUUAGGAGUAUGGAGGCCGUGUGGCACGGCGAGUUCUCCAAGCUCUUCUCUCAGUUCUACCCGCACCUGUGGUACCUCAUCCCCAGCCCGGCCGCCCCCAGCCCUCGAUGGUACCGCUUCAGGGACUCCGCCAAGGUCCGCUUCUCUUGUCAGCAAUGCGGUAACGGCUGGACGUCCAUGAAGGGGCGGGUGAUCUUCUGGUACUACCUGAACCCGCAGGGCGUGCCUGUCCCAGAGGGCUAUCUGCACUUCAAGUUGUACGGGCAGCAGUGCAAGAGGUGUAAGAACGGCCGCUUCGAGAUGGCCAUGUGGUACCCGGAGGAGGUCGUCAAGGUGCUAGGGAACGUGUACAACCGUGUGGGGCAGACGUACUACGGCUUCUACCAGCCGCCCCUCAGACAGGACCGCCGGCCGGGCAAGCCUCGCACCCAGCACAACGCCGAACUGUGCCAGGCCUGCAAGGACGGCGAGUGCACCAAUGCACACUAGAGCGGCGGCGCCCCGGAGGCGCCUGCCACCCCAGGCUAUCCGUACGGUGUAGCCACACGUUUUUAUACACAAAGUGAUCAUUCAUAGCCUCGUACCCACCCUAGUCUAGCUCCGCCUCGCUCCUUUGAUCGCUGUCCUGCCGAAUCUGAGAUUCUGCUUGUAGGCUAUCCUUGCGGCGAACCGGAGUUAGGACAAGUGUGGAUACGAGGCUAGACCAAUCACGAGGGCAGAUGAAAUUUAAAAUGAUGGACUAUAAUAUCAUUGGUUGAUUCCAAUGCCAAACCGACCAAUAGAAUUACAGAUUAGAAAACUACUCCGGCGUCACUGUUCCUUAUACUAUAGAUGUUUGAGCUGGGCUCUCUUUGCUUCUAGUCUCUUGACGAGUUCUGUGAUCUCGAUUCAGCUGAAGUUUAGUCAUGGCAAAGGUUUAAUAGGGAUGUGGAGCAGACAUGGUUGAAACACAAUCCUCCUGGAGUGAUGUCAGAGGGACUUGAAUACCCCGUCGACUUUCCGUAAGUACUUCCACUUACCCCAAAUCAAUUCGACGCAAUCCCACCACUUCAUUUAAAUAAUCUAUAUUUGAACAACUCAUUUCCGAGCUCGAGGGCUAAUUGCAAAGGAAUAAUACACAGGCAGUAUUACAACCUAUCAACUGAAGGUACAAAGCGAUGAGCCGUCAUUCUAUUUGUUGUCAGCUGUUGGCUAUCAUUUCAUUGGUUGUCUGCUCUUGGCUAGCAUGUCAUUGGUUGCAGAAAAUUGGCUGUCACCUGAUUGGAUAUCAAUUUACCAUCUUUAGCUAUUGGCUGUCAUUCAGGCUUACAUAUGAGGAAUCAACGGCUAUCCUGUGACUUUAGCAUUCACGAAAACAAACAUCUAGACGUCUCAUCACCAAUAUUCAGCGUAGUGUGAUUCUUGUUGGUCGGUAAGGCACUGUGUUUGUGUGUGUAAAUAUAUCUACUGAAGUGAGGGAGGGUUAUCAUCAGAACACUCCAUCUGUCCUCAUCUAAAGCCGCUCGUGCCACAGACACCACCCCACCGUGUUCCGUAGUCUCACAACAUUCAACUUUUACUUUUAUUGAACUUGUAGUAAUUUCACUUAGAUUAUUGUUAAGUUGUGUGCCUAAAACUUAAAGAAUGUCCAUUUGUUGUCCGUCUAUUUGUUUGAAUGAAACCACUUUGACCUUCUGCUUUGCAAUUAUAUGAUGUCAUCAGGUCAUAAAAGUUGACGUAGCGCAUGAGUUAAAAUGAAAGUACGCACUUCAGAAGGUGAAAGUGGUUGGGUCCAAACGACUGAACUCAGAGAAGAGUUAUGACAUCUUGAAUCUAAAGCCCAUGUCACACAUAGCCGGAUAUGGCCUCCCGAACACAAGCCGACCUUCCCGCAACCAUGGUUAGGAGUAGGUCCGUGGUUGGCUGGUGUUCGGCGAGGUCGGCAACUGUUCGUUUUUAAAAUGUUUAAUACAUUCGGGUGUGAACCGGAAGUUCGGCCAUAGUUAGCUGGUGGUUGAGAGGUCAGCGGUGCUCGGGGCGUGUUAGGGGAUAAAAUUUGACUCAAAUUUAACUCACAUUCGGCUCGAUUCAUAUGAAAAUGUAGCUGUGGAUUAAAUCAGGCCAGCUCCUGAAUUUCAAACUGUCAACCUUGGUUGGUAGUUGGGCCUAAGUCCUUAAUGUGUGACAGGGGCUUAAGAAAAAUGGUUGACAACGGCAAACGUUGGUCAACGACACUAAAAAAAGCUUCUCAAUUGGUAUUGAAAUGCGUUUUUGUCCAAGUUUGCGAGUUUUAGAGCUGGCACACACUUUGUAAUGUAGGGUGAUUUGAGCAUUGGGGCCAAGGGCAUAUUACUAGUUCUAACACUCUAAAGGCAAUGCUAAUGGUAUAAGCUUGUGUUGUACAGGGUGAAAGCCGAGGGCGAAGGGAAAUGUCCAUCGGUCUGCUUUUGUCAUUUCAAAUGACAUUUACAUGUAGUCUGUAGUACUUACAGUAAUCUGCAAUUUUUACGUACAACCAAGAGGUGUUGUUCUAAGCAUGCAUAUGUUGAUAUUAUGAAUUAUUUGAUUUGUAACUUUGUUUGUUUGUUUGUUCUUGUUUGUUGUACUCCUACAAAAUGUGUCAUGUUGACAUUUAUUGCAACUGAGGUGAAAAGCUGUUGUGGCACCAG